GAGGAGGCGCCGCCCGUGGCACGGGGCUGAGCGGCCCCCCCGUCCCGGCCCUGCCGAGCCAGACUUCGCUGCAAACCGCCGGCCCGGCGCACAGAGCUGCCCCCGGAGCCCGGACCGACCCGUCCAGAGCCGCGUCCCCCCUCGCCUGGGACCGAGCCGGCACCGGGACCCGGGGUCUCGGCACCAGCCCCCGCCGGGCUCCGGGCAGCGUCCCCCGGGCGCCCCGUCGGGCCCCUGGGCAGCAUGAGCCGCCCGGGCAUGGACGCCCCGACCCAGACCCGCAUCCGCACCGACCGGUUCGCCGACAACUACACCCUGCUGGGCCGGGAGCUGGGCAGGGGAAAGUUCGCGGUGGUGAAGAAGUGCCUGGAGAAGGCCACGGGCCGGGAGUUCGCAGCCAAGUUCCUGCGGAAGCGGCGCAAGGGCGAGGACUGCCGGCUCGACAUCAUCAACGAGAUCGCCGUGCUGGAGCUGGCCGCCCGCAGCCCCCACGUGGUGGAUCUGCACGAGGUCUACGAGACGCCCGCCGAGAUCGUGCUGGUGCUGGAGUGCGCGGCCGGCGGAGAGAUCUUCCAGCAGUGCGUGGCGGAGCAGGACGAGGCCUUCACCGAGCAGGACGUGAUCCGGCUGGUGCGGCAGAUCCUGCGCGGCGUCGCCUACCUGCACCAGCACAACGUCGUCCACCUGGACCUGAAGCCCCAGAACAUCCUCCUGACCAGCAGCAGCCCCCUGGGCGACAUCCGCAUCGUGGACUUCGGGCUGUCGCGCCGGGUGGACGCCAUGCGGGAGGUGCGCGAGAUUCUGGGCACGCCGGAGUACGUGGCUCCCGAGGUCCUGAGCUACGAGCCCAUCAGCACGGCCACCGACAUGUGGUAGGUCUCUGGGGUCCCUCUGCCCUCUCCUAGGGGCACGCGUCGGGGGGGUCUAUCCUAUCGCCUGUGGGGUGGGGGC